AUGCAGCUUGGCAAGCCUUGUGUGUUCAAGAUCCAGAUUCGAUAUAGUGGUCCGUCUAUUCCUCGUUAUGUCAGGGAGAAGGUCAUGGAAAAUUGGGAACGAGCCAAGGAAUCGUGGAAUGAACUCCGAGAUACAAAGUCAGGAGACGAGCUAGAGUCCGAUCAGGCAGAAUUCCCAGAAUUCCACGAAGAACUCUGUCUCUUUUGCCGCCACAUGAGUUUAUCCUUUGACGAGAACAUGGCUCACAUGAAAUCAUGUCACAGCUUCACCAUCCCAAACCUGGAUAGCCGUGUCACUGAACCUAAAACUGUUGUGCGAUAUCUCCAUCGCAUCAUAUUCGGCUUCUACGAGUGUAUUUCCUGCGGCAAGCAACGUCACACGUUGGAAGGAAUCCAACAUCACAUGGCCGCCAAGAACCACUGUCAUUUCCAGAUGACACACGAGAUUCUGAGAUUCUGUGAGAACGAAGAUAAAGGCAGCGCUCAAGAAACUCAGAUCAUACGAUCAAUUCAAGUUUCCCAUAAAGACAAGGCUAUCAUUCAGAGUCCCACGCUGCAAAGAUCUGCCCAAGUUCUAAUGCGUGAGAGUACCGGGGAUGACCAUCAUAUCAACGAAAAGAAGCAAGAGGAAUGCUGUAUUGUCGAGAACUCACAGGACGUUGUCAUCGAGACUGAAACUCUCGAAACGCCAGGGGACCAAGUCGAAGCGACUCAACAGCUACACAGGGCUUUCCACGAAACCCCCCCAACGCACAGGUCCGAGAGGCGUACGUUUGGAUGA